CGUGCAGGGAGAAAGUUCCGAUAGAGAGCGAGAGUCCGAGUAUAAGACGCGGUAGCGGAGCGAGAAAAAUAAUUUAUCGCUGGUGCAUCUGAAGAUAAACGGUCAGGAUGAGGACGAAAUUCGUCCUGAUAGCUUGCUUGGCAAUAGCGAGAGAAGUAUUUGGUACUCAAGUGUACGAGGAGACGAGUGACUCUUCGCAACAAUGGCAGCCGUGGAACCAAGCCUCAAAUGAAAAACAAGAAAUGCGUGAUCAGCGUGAUUUCGUCACGUUCGACAACCCUAAUACCUCACAACAGAAAGAGACGCAACAACCGCUGCUUUACAAUGCGAAUAUUCAAUCGAGUGGCAGUGGAGUGGCCAACGUCGUUGGUCAACAAUCAAUUGAUUCUGUGAUCGAUAAUAUUAUCGUAUCUAAUCGGCAAGGUCGCAAUCUUGAAGAAUAUAAUGAAAUUUAUUCUGAUCCUAAAAUAAAAAAUGCUCUGCAGCUCGACAAUGAUACGCUCGCACGUAGUUUCAUCAAGGACAAGCUUUGCUCUCUCAGUUUGAUCAGCUGCGAGGAGGUGGAAGAACGACGACCUUACUAUUCUCCACACCGCGAUAUUCAUCCCCACGAUGUUAUCUAUGCUCAACCGGUGACCAUCAAGCCAGUAGGCCGUCCACUUCCAGCCAUACCCGUAAAACGACCUUAUGGUCCAGCGAAACCGAUACCAUUUCCUAAUUUUGGUUCUUCGUUGGGACCCCAUGUUUUUCCUGGACCCGGACCGACGUUCGGUAGACCUCCGCCUCCGUUUGUCGGGCCUUAUCCUGGAUACAAGAAACCCGGUCUGCCUCUCCCAUUAGGGUCCAAACCCAUAUACGAACCCAGCGAGUCCGAUUUCGAGGAUAAAUUUAUCGAUAAGAAGCAGGUGGUUCUCCAUCAACCGACUGCCGCAGGUGUUCAGCAACACGUUCAUCAUCAUUAUCAUCAUGGAGAUGCCGAUGGCACCGUGGCGCACAAUCCUGCCGUAGGCGCAUCAUCUCCUCCAUUCGGUGGCAUCGGCAAUUAUGGUUAUGGAAACGGCGGUACUUAUGGCAGCUUGAUCAAUGAUUUCGAAGAUUACAAGAAAACGUUUAACAUCAAAACGCCCACGAGCAACAAUGACAACCCGUCGGUCUCUUCCUCGUCCGUGAAAGGUUAUGCCGAUCGUUACCCCACUUACGUGAAACCAAACAGCAAACAGUUUACUCCCGGUGGACAAUUUGUCUCCAGUCAGAUCUUGGAGAAUGGUGGUUCCCCCGGUGAUUAUUCGUUCAAUAACGGUGCCGACAACAGUUUCGAUUCCUCGUCGUACGACGAUUGCAUAUGCGUACCAUACGAUCAAUGCUUGAUAUCCAAUCACGUAGGCCGUAAAGACGAUCUCUACUUGGCGAUCGAUCCGCGCAAUCUCGACAAGGGUAUCGAGGCCGAAACUGACGAGGUAGUAAUCACCGACGGAAACGGCACAAUGACUGUCGUAAGGGUGCCCAAGGGAGCGAACGAGACCGAGCAGAUCGUGCAAACGAAAAACGAGCAGACGGAGAAAACAGAAGUUACGAAGCGAAGCAGCAGGGAUGUCAAGCACGUUACCAAGAAGGACGACGAGCAGGUGAUACAAGAAAGACUGACGGUAGGAACCGGCAAUCUGGACUCCUCGAAAUUGAACGUGAAGCCGACUUGGGGCGUCAGUUUCGGCCUACCGCAAACCGGUGGUGUCGGUCCAAUCGCGCCCCACCCUGGUUAUCCCCUGGGAACCCCGGGGUAUACCCCGGGCUACGGGCUGGUUGGCGGACAGGGCAUAAAUCUAGGUCCGGUCGCUGUGAAUCCGCUCGUAGCGGUGCAGGUCACCAAAGACGAGUACGGCGAGAAGAUCAUCAAGCCUUACGUGAACCUUCAUGUAACGCCCAAUCCAGGACUUAUUCACAAGCUAGGCCAUCUCCUGGCUCACAAGAAAUAUGGACUAUACGGCGGUCAUUACGGUGGUCAUUAUGGCGGUCAUUACGACGGACAUUACGGCGUUUACGCUCCUCAUUAUCACAUGCAUCACGAGAGACCGAUCUAUCAUUAUCCGUCCAGACCGCCGUUCUAUCCAUCGCACAAUAUUCAUCAUCAUGAACCGAUCUAUUACAAACCUCACAGCGGACAAUACUAUCCUUCCUACUUAUAUAAAGACGAUAACGACGAUUACGAUGACUACGAUUAUUCGGAUGAUUAUCAGGAUAAUUACUAUAGAAACGCUCGUGCGAGAAACGCGUCAACGACGAAAGGUAGACAAUUCUUGACAAAGGAUUUAUCGAAGGUUUCGCCGGAAGGACUGACCGGCAACGAACGACAGAAGAGCGGGAAGAUUACCUUCUCAAACAGAAGGAGACGCGACACGACGGCGUUUAACGAAACGACAUCGGAGAGACGAUAUGGACGUCCAGCUUGCAAUUCUUAUCACGUCUGCUGCCCAAGAUCGCAGAUAAUAGGAGUGAAACACGGUCAAUGCGGAGUUAGAAACGCACAGGGCAUCAAUGGCCGUAUCAAGACCCCAAUCUACGUCGACGGAGAAUCUGAAUUCGGUGAAUACCCGUGGCACGUAGCUAUUCUAAAGAAGAUCACCACGGAAAGUGUCUACGUUUGCGGAGGUACUUUGAUCUCGUCCCGACAUAUCAUUACUGCUGCUCAUUGCAUCAAAACCCAUGCCCCUCGUGAUCUUCGCGCACGAUUAGGCGAAUGGGAUGUGAAUCACGAUGUCGAGUUCUACCCCUACAUCGAACGCGACGUCGUGAAUGUCUUCGUGCACCCUGAGUACUACGCUGGCACUCUUGCCAAUGACAUCGCUAUUCUGACGCUGGAUCAUGACGUCGAUUUCUCAAAGAACCCUCACAUUAGUCCAGCCUGUUUACCAAAUAAAUACGACGACUUUAUUGGAACAAGGUGCUGGACCACCGGAUGGGGCAAGGAUGCUUUCGACGAUCGCUCCAAGUAUUCUAACUUGUUGAAAGAGGUAAACCUACCUGUCGUCAGCAACCAUGUGUGUGAGCAGCAGAUGAGGCAAACGCGGCUAGGACACAGCUUCACGCUUCAUCCGGGCUUCAUCUGCGCCGGCGGCGAGGAGGGCAAGGAUGCCUGCAAGGGCGAUGGCGGCGGUCCCAUGGUCUGCGAGCGUCAGGGCCACUGGCAGUUGGCUGGCGUCGUCUCCUGGGGCAUCGGUUGCGGCCAACGAAACGUGCCUGGCGUCUACACACGCGUCUCACACUAUCUCGACUGGAUUCACCAGAUUGUCGGAUCUGUGAAUUACUGAUAAGAGAAAAUUCGAAUCAAGUCGUAUUUGACAUAAAAAAAGACAUGGCAAAGUUUCAUUUCUUCAAAAUUAGACAAUCGUUUGGAAAAAUCGGUGACGAUGGUUCACAAUAUUUUAAUUUCGUACAUAUAUAGAGAAA